AUGCCGGCCGACAGCCUCCUUAACACUGUCCUGCACUAUUAUCAGGACGUCCACGAUGCUGUCAAGACGGACCAAAUCAUGGGCAGCACAGCUCAUCUGCUGAGCCAGCUCUCCAACCCGCUCAAUCUCGGUGUCCUCACCUCGCAGCUUCUCACAGCCCCGGCCAUCUGGCAGCGAAACGAUGGAGCGAAAACCGCAAUGCGAGUCAUCGGCAUCUACCACAACGCAGCUGUUCGUGUACGUGACAACCAGCUCCGCGGCGCCAAACCAGGCGACCCAUCUGAGCGUGGAGGUCUGCGAUGCGAUGAAUGGACGCGUGCCGUCGUCAAAGGAGCCGACGAGGGGUCAAGGCGAUGGCAACAUUUGCUCGUACUGACCGGCGUCCUUGUGGGAAUGGAGGGACAUGGGCGAAACUCCUUGUCUAGAUCGCUGCGCAACGCCUUGGAGCAAGCCGUUGUUACGGCGGCCAACCUCGCUCUCGAGGGAAAUGUCCAAGAUGGCCCUGCAGCUGCCGUGUCCGUUGUCACGGCUCUGAACCUUGCGCUGCCUGUGCUUUCAGAAUCCCACAGAGCUCAGAUUGAUUGCAACACAUUGCUACCGAUUGCUGUUUGGGCCAUUACCGGAGAAGAAGGCUUUUGCGAUGCGCAGUUUCUUCGAGUCGUGAACCAAGACACCACGCGGCAGCCGGGUAACGUCCUCUCAUGGCCCGAACGAUCAUCCUCAUGCCAGCUGUUGCAACAGAUGGAGAAGCAGCCCUUAAUGGCGAACAUGGGUCCGCUCUCCAAGCUGGCAGCCUUUGCUGUGCAGCAUGCAACCGAUACGACGGUGGUCAUGCAGGCUCAUGAUGCGCUGUUGGUGUUUACCGCCAGAGUCCUCGACGCUUGGCAAAAGAACUGCUUUAGCGAGAUUGAUUCUGCGUCUGAGAGCUCUCGUCUGACUUCCGAGACGGCGCAGACCACCUGGCCACUGCUGUGGCAAGUUCUCAGGAAGCUCAUGUUUGGCACCACGGCUGUUCUGCAGGCAAUUGUUGCUCGCAGCCUGCUCGACCCGCACAUGCUGGUGCCCGGCCUGGCUCCCAACAUUGCCUCCAAGUCGUUGCAAAUCUUGCGGAACAUAUUCUUCAUCUCGAACAGAAAUGGAAACAGCUCGUUCCAAGUGUACACAUUUUCCUACAUGACUUCUAUCGACGUAUUAAGUCGAGACGGCCUAGCUACCGAGGCAUUCCUUCGAGAGAUUCGGCCUGCGGACGCAGUUCUCAACCCCUCGGCGCAUCUUCACACAAAUCUCGAUUUAUUCUAUCUCAACGUGGCGGAACAUAUGCCACUCUCCCUCCCCACAGAAGCGUGCGAGCUGCUCAUCGUCAAGCCCGCAAUCUCAUACGUCUCCCAAGAAGGACCCUUAGCAGCAUCCAUGACUGAAAUCUUCGAAUCCGCCCACAGUGCCAUUCUAUCCGUGCUCUCCUGUCCCCAACACAGCGCGCUCACCAUCAAGAUCACGCCUUUCUACAUUGUCAAGGUAUUUGACUCUUUCCCUCAGCAUAUAUCGCCCCGCCAGUUCAGAAUCGCCUUCAAAACCGCCAUGGAGAUCGUGUCCCCGCCUUUCCCCAUCGCUGCCAUGGAACCACACAUGUCGGAAACGCUGCUGGAUAUGCUCCGUACGAAGACCACCACCGCCGGCACGACCUUGCUGCCCGCCACUCCGGAUACCGUGUCACGCGCUCUGGAGGAAACAAAGGACGAACCACUAUCCGAGCAAAGCGCCCUCGUAAUGACGCUGGUGGAUUCAUUACCGUUCCUGCCUUUGCCACUGGUAGAGGAGUGGCUGGCAAUUACCGCUCAAGCCAUGAACGAGAUUGAGGAUCCUAGGCUUCGGCUGCCGGUGAAGAAGAGGUUUUGGAAUAUCCUCGUGAAUGGGGAGAUGGAUGUGGAAAGAUCAACGAUUGGGGUGGCGUGGUGGGGGACAAAAGGAGGUAGGGAAUUGGUCUUGUUCGGGGGAGCGCCUGAACCACCGUUGAUGAGUGGUGCGUUGGGAAAGGAUACGACGAGCCGGUUGUAG